CUUGACAUGCCAGUCAAGAAACAUGGAGGAGUGGCAAAAAGGAGGAGCUACAACUAGCUGAAUUUACAGGUAGCAAUUCCUGAUGGCCUCGAACAAGCGCACCUGUUUAGCACUCGAGGCCCUUUCCAUUUCGCGUUCAUUCAGAACACUCUUCUGACGACCCAAACGUCCCAGAAAACACACAGAUAAACACACGCGUGGAUUCCACCAUCGCAGCUGUAAGAUGAAUAGUGACUACCAUUUCCGGCAGGAUCUUGCAUAUAAAGAUUGCUCGAAACAGCACAUAGAUGCGCGUACAAAUACCAAUUAGUACUAGUAAUAUCUUAAGGUUCGUUACCGGCUCAUUAUUAGCCUAGGAUGUUAACCCCAGUGAAGUUUCAUGGGAUUAUUAAGCUCCCGUCCAUUGCAGAAUACAGCCACCACUGGCACUGGCUUUACUAUGCGUUCCCCGCCGCCGUCCUCACGACGUGCCUCGUGGUCCUCGCGACCGUGAGCCUCCCUGGCCGCGUGCCGCCGCUAAUGCUGCUGCCGGCGGUGACGAGCCGGACGGAACACCGUGGCGGCGGCAUUAUUAUUAGCAACUACUCUUGCAACAUAUUCAAGGGCAAGUGGGUGCCGGACACGGACGCCCCCCCGCGGUACACCAACGAGACGUGCCCCGUGCUCCACGGCCACUACGACUGCAUGAAGUACGGCAAGCCGGACCUCGGGUUCAUCCGCUGGCGAUGGCGUCCGGAGGAAUGCGAGCUGCCGCGCUUCGACGCGUCCCGGUUCCUCGGCGCGAUGAGGGGCAAAUCCGUGGCCUUCAUCGGGGACUCACUCGCUCGGAACCAGAUGCAGUCGCUGGUGUGCCUCCUGGCGCGGGCCGAGCGGCCCGUGCCGUGGGCCAACGGGAGCUACAUCUACCGCUACGAGCGGCACGGGUUCAGCGUGCACGACUUCUGGUCGCCGUUCCUCGUCAGCGCCGUGGAGACGGACCCGGACGGGGCUGGGCUUGGUGGGCGCAGCGGGGCGGGCCUGUGGAGCCUUUACCUGGACGAGCCGGACCCCGGGUGGGCGGCCCACGCCGGCGGGUUCGACUACCUUGUAAUCUCCGCCGGCAGCUGGUUCCACCGCCCGUCCGUCUUCUACGAGCGCGGCCGCCUCGUCGGCUGCAACGGCUGUCUCGCGCCGGACGUGGCUGACCUCUCGCUCCGGCACUCGCUGCGGCUGGCGUUCCGGAGCGCGCUCCGGGCGGCCGUGGGCGCGCCCGGAUGCCGGUCCAGGACGGUGGUCGUGCGCACGAUCUCGCCGUCCCACUACGAGAACGGGACUUGGGACGGAGACGGCGACUGCGUCCGGACCCGGCCGUUCCGGCGAAGUGAUGCGUGGGAGAUGGAUGCGGUGCAGAAGGAGAUGUAUCGGAUACAAGUGGAGGAGUUCGCGGCGGCGGAGACGGCGGCGAGGGCGAAAGGGGUGAGGAUGAUGCUCAUGGACGCGACGGAGGCCAUGGCGCUGCGGCCGGACGCGCACCCGGGCAAGUACCGGCUUUGGCAGCCGGAGAAGUUCAAGGUGUCCCGGGAUUGCGUGCACUGGUGCCUGCCUGGCGCCAUGGACGCGUGCAACGACAUGCUGCUUCACAUGCUCAUCGGUUGACUGACCGACGCUGCUUGUUGGCGCUACUACUGUAGUUUCUAACAAUUUUCCUACGAUGACACGUCAUACUUUUGCGAUCCUACAUGUCGUACGUACAUAAUUUUGAAUUGUUCCUAUGCUUCAGCGGACUCAAGUUACUAGGAUGUGAGGCGUACUACCAGAGGUUCAAGGAUUAGUUGGCAUGGCCGAUUAAUUAAGCUGAUUUUAUCCCCUGUCAUUAUCAAAUGUGAGCCCCGAUCGACAGGAACCUCUUAUGCUUCGCUCCUGGUACUGUCGACCAGCUGAAGAUAAUAAUAAAAGUUUCCGCCUUUGCUUGU